UAGCCUCAAAUGAGGAAAAAUUGACUGAACCCCCUCUCCUCUCCUCCGGUUUUUGAGAACUGCACACGUAACUGCGCUUGUAACCUUCCGAGAGAGCGAUGGAAGAAUCAACUAGCCCUUCAGAAUCAAACCCUUCUUCAUCUUCUUUUUCUACAACUAGCUAUACCAAUUCUAGGGUUGGAAAAGGUGGUUCUGAAUUCCUCUCUAACCUUCCUUCUCGUGGUCUUUUCUCCUCUUCCACUGUCCUCUCCACCAAUCCCGGUGGUAUUCGAGUGUAUGUUUGUGAUCAUGAUACGUCACCACCAGUGGACCAAGUUAUAAGUACAAACCAAACAAACAUAUUGAUUAGAUCUCUCAUGCUUAAGAAGCAGAGGAAUGAUGCCGUCUUAAAGGAUGUAAAGGGUAAAUCUACAACUGAGAUCACCAAAGGAAAGAGAGCUGCUGAAAGAACGGCAGAUGGCAGAGCUUCCGCUAAGAGAGCUAGUUUGAACUUAAACCCUCGCAGUUCUCAGCAAGAGAAAUCAGGUGGGUGUGCCUUUGAUAAAGAAUUUCAGAGUUUGACUGUGGAUAAGCUGCGUAUUCUACUGAGGGGAAGAGGUUUGUCAGUCAAAGGAAAGAAGGAGGAACUGAUUGCACGCCUCCGAAAUGACAAUGUAGAUGGUGAGCAUAUUUAAGGAUGGGGGACACUCAAACCUAUGUAUACGUACAAGGGCUUUCAGCUUCUUGAAGGAAAUGGUCCGAAGCGUAAGUUGGCGUGUGAUUAUUGUAAACUGGUUAUUUAAGUUUUGGGAAACAUAAAAGUAAGAGCAAGUUGGCGUGUGAUUAUUGUAAACUGGUUAUUUAAGUUUUGGGAAACAUAAAAGUAAGAGCUUGUUUGGUAUA